UUAAACGACUUGACUUUUUUAACAUUUGAUUCUUGGCUAUCCUUCUUUUGAGUAGUUUUUUAUUUUGUGAUAACAGCUUUAUCAUUACAGAUGAUUCAAUUAUUGAAAUAUCUUCCUCGAUUUUUAUUUUCAUGUUUCAAUCAUUCUCUUUAUUUGUUUGGGCUUGCUCAAAUGUCAAAAUAGUCUUAUUUUUUUAACAGUCUUUCUGAUUUUGCUCUGUGCUCUUGCUAUUGCUAUUUUGUCUAUUUCCUACGCCACUUCAUUCGAUGGAAACGUAAACAAAGUGAUAAUUUACCUUAAAUUCUUGCCUUUCCACCGAUUAAGUAUGGCAAUCAAAGUGUACUUUCAACGUGUUUCCUGUUGAAUUCCACUGUAAUCUUUCCUAAACAUAGUCUGUUUGACUCAUGCUACUGUCUACCAACAAAAUAAUGUUUUUCCCUGUUCAUUGUGUCUCACACAGAUGAUAUAGAGUAUUAUCUUGCCGUUCUGAUAUUAUUUAUAUUAUAUUUUAUGCAAUAAUUCAACUACUAGUUCUACUGAUUUAGAUGGUGCUCGUACUCAAACUCUUACCGACUUGACUAAUUAAGAUUAAACACUACAAAAUAGCUCAUGGUUUGAUGUAAGCCAAGCUGGUUUUCAAUUCAAAUAUCACAGAGGGUCAUCAUAUCAAUCUUCAUCGAUUUCAUUCUUCCUUUGUCUUUGGUAUUGAAUGGAGCAGACCUCCUAUAUGAUAUCGGGAACCAUCAAUGAACCCAUCAAAAGUGACCUUCAAUCAGACAUAUCGAUGAAACACGAACCAGAGGACCAUUCUCAUUGUGAUAAUUGCAUAAAAAUUACUAAAUGUCGUUACAAAAACGCUCGAGAUGCUGCCUGUCCUAUCAUAUCUUGUAAAGAAGGCUGUGGCUUUAGAUUUCAUCGAUGUAAAUCUGAUGAACAUCAGCUUCUCUGUGCAAAUGAAAAGAUUCUUUGUAUUAAUCACAACUUUGGCUGUCCCGCUUUUUUACCACGUAAAGAUUUGUCCAAGCAUAUAUCUCGCUGCCCCGCUAGUGUAAUACAUUGUUAUAUUGAAUGGAAUCGAUGGCCGAUUUAUACUCGAGAUCGUAAAUUAACUCAACCCGUUACCUACUCUCUGGAUACUCAACAAUUAGAUGUAGCCCUUACUCUUAGAGAUCAACGAAUGCUUGAAGAACUGUGGACGGUAACUCGUAAAACAAGGUGUACUUUAAGAAAUAGUUUGACUCGCAAAUAUCCAGCUGUUCCUUUGAAGCCUUACUGUGGUGCUCAUAUUCACGAACCUAAAGAAAAUGGAGCUCCUACAGGUUCUUCAUCUACUUCGUCCCUUAUCACACCUCAAACUGUUUCUGAUGAUGAUAGUGAUUCAUCACCUUGGCAAAUGACUAAAUCUCCACCUGGUCUACAAAGUAGUGUUUGUGCUCGUUUGAAUGGUCGAUCAUUAUCACACCUUAAAAAUUGCAAAUAUAAUCAUCAGAACAACCAUUUUAAUCAUGACAAUCAUGUUAACAACCAUCAUCCAAACCAACGAUCUUAUCGAGAUAACUCACCGUUAGACUCUCUUUCAGAUAGACUUGCCUCUAUUUCUGCUGAGGAACUUGACUGUGAUAAAAAAGUACGUCAAUUUUCAAAUUUUGGAGAUGAAUCUCAACCAUUUGGAACUAUACCCAAACCACCCAUUUUACCAAACAAUACAUCUCUUAGUUUAGACCUUAAUUUGAAUUCGAUUGCACCCUUUCAAGCAAAACCCAAGUUAAUGUACACGUUCCGAUGUGCACAAGAGUUUCGCCGUGAUGAGUAUGGAUCUCAUAAUCAAAAUUUCCACGAUGAUAUUCUAGGCUCUAUCAAUGGCUGGAUGGAACACCGAUGUCCACUAUGGCAAUAUGGGUGUAAUUUUGUUCAACGAAGGAUUCAUCCUUACCCUGUAGGCACAAGAAUAACUUUCAGUCCAGUAGUCGAAAGUUUUGGUCAUAUCAUGAAUCCUGAUUGUGAUAAUAAUAAACCAAGUGAUGUAUCUCUUCUUAGUCUUCCAUAUGAAAUUCUACGUCAAAUUUGCUCCUUAUUGGAUGGAUUUAGUCUCAACAAUCUUUCAAUGACCUGUAGUCGUAUGCGGGAAAUUUGUUCAAGUCUUUUGGAGAAACGUGGCGUUGUUAUAUUGCAAUGGGAAAGACGAGUUUCGAAAGAUUCAACUCUUCAUUGGGUAGUUGGAUCAAAGAAAUGGGCUUUCAGCACUAAUUUCACUGAAAUCAAAAAUUGGUAUUUUGAUGAAAAACAUGAUGUUCUCAACCAUAUCAGACACUGCCCACAUAAUGAAAUUAUUCAAAGAACCGAGCCAAUUGCUUUGCCAGCCAUGAAAAACGAAGAUGUGACAAAGAAAACUGGAUAAAAAUGUUAUGAAAAAUUACUCAAUUUUAUGAUAAUCAUAAAAGAAAUUUCUUAAUCAGAUUUUAUAACUCAAAUCAAAAUGCUCUAACUGAAAGUGAAUAUUCUCAAUAUAACUUUUAUUAACUUGCUUGUCUCAAAGCAUUGUACAAAAAUCAUUUCAAUGGCUCACAAUCUGCUUGCAGGUUGGAGUUUCCGAAGAUCAAUGUCAACGCUAACCUAAAUAAUCUAAAUAAAUUAAUAAAUUUUCUUGAUACAA